CGCUCGCCUCAGAUUUCCAGAUUUCAAAUUCCAAAGCUUCAGUUUCUGAUCUCUUCCAAAAUUUUCAACCAAGAAAACAAAAAUUCAUAAAAAAUAGACAUAAAAAAUAAACAACAUAUUCAACCUCGAAGAAAAAUCCGUUCAAAAUGGGCAAUAAAUCCGCUGUCAAGAAACGGAAAGUUAAGAAGGCUCCGAAGACUCCGAAGAUGGCCGUGAAACGAAAAUUGAUUGAAAUCAGCGAUUCUUCCCCUUCUCCCUUUCAAAAGGGGACGCCUCUGAGAUCGAUAUUUUGCCUGAAGAACAAAGAAGAAAUCAAGAAAUUCGAGGAGCAGGAGGAGUGCUUCAUCCUCGAAUUCGAUCCCUACAAUAAUUUGGAUGCGUUAGAGUUUCCCAGCACUAUUGGUAAUGAUGAUAAUGCUGAGGAGGAGUUGAGCUUUGUUACUGAGAAGGGCCAGGUUGCCUGCAGAGACUAUCCACAUCCGAGGAACACCUGUGCGCGAUUUCCCUUUAAAAAGACGCCACAUGACAAGCACUGCAAACUGUGCUACUGUUAUGUGUGUGAUGUAUCUGCUCCGUGUACGAGGUGGACUGGAGCAGCCGGCCAUUGUCAUGCGUUGAAGGAUGAAGUUUGGGACCACGAGAAGUGGUUAAGGAGACUAAACAAGAAUGUAUAGCUAGCUAGCAUAGAGAUGGUUGGGUUUUGUUUUUGUUGCUGUUUAGUUCGAUGCUAAACUUUACUAGAUGAAAUGGGAGUCAUUCGGAAGGCGAUUUUGUUACUCUAACCAUUCGGACGCGGUUAAAGCCGAAAACAAAUCAACUAACGAAUUAUAAGAAACACUUAAUCUGUCAUGUACAAACCAA